UAGGAACGCUGCCCCUCCGUGAAAGCCUAUUGAAAGACCUGAAAAUCUACAAUGAUGCCCGGAGAGAUGCUGAUGGAAACACCUGUUCAGGCAUUUGUUGCUGAAGUAGCUGGCCAGAUUGUUGGUGUUUCAGUACUAAGAAAUGAAGAGGACAUAGAGUACAUUCGCUCACAUUACAACAUUGAAGACUUUAUUUACUACAACCAUCAUCAACGGGAUGAGCAUGGACAUCUUCACCAUUAUGCUUUAAAUCCAAUAUUUAAACAUUACGGCAAAUAUUUUCUGAAAGAAAUUCUGCGGUUAUCACACAAAUCUUCUCUCUACUACCCUAUC